UCAGAUUCCAGGCCACCUUUCAACCGGAAUUCGGAUUAUCGAAGAGUCAUAUUCUCAAACAAAAAGCACAUUAAUCAUGGCCAAAAGAUCAAAUGGAUGUCCUCUGAGGCAUGGAAAGGAUCAGUCAGGCUGUAUGUGGGGCUUGAUUAGUAUGCUUGACUUCCGCCAUAGUCGUUCAACUCAGAGACUGCUCUCCAUUAGAAGGCGCGGGAACGGAAAUGCCGUUGGUGUGGGAAAUGCAGGAGAAAAACUUAUGUUGACUGUCUCUGUCGAAACUUGUCCCAGACUUCUAGAUGGUGAAGAGGAAACAGCAGCAAUUGAUGAAUGUAAGCUGAGAGAGAAAAGACUCCUAGAAGAAGAAAUGACUGGAGGGAAGGUGGAAAAUAAUACUGAAGUUGAAGCAAAACAGUUCGAUUCUGAAGAAGGAGAUGAUGGAAGGAAGAAUCGGAAAAGAAAAAACAGAACUUGCAAGAAAAGUUCUGGUAACAAUCUUGAUAUGGAUGCUGCCGAGAAAGUGGUUUCUGAAGGAUCUCGUCAGCACAAAUCAGAGCAACAAACAACAAUCAAUCUCGAUAUCGACAAUCUAAUGAAAGAGUGUUUUGGGAAAGUCCAUCAGAAAAACAUCAAUUGUGGGAACCAUGUCCAGCUUGAGGGACACUCGAAGAGCUAUGGUUUAGAAGAAAGAUUGAGCGAGGCAAUCAAGUUCUUAGUGAGUCGCAAGCUUCUUAAUGGGGUCCAACUUACAGAAGAUGGGAAAGUCCAAGCCUCGAAAGAAGUCAUGGAUGCACUAAUGAUUUCGAGUUUAGAUGAGGAACUGUUUUUGAAACUUUUACAAGAUCUAUAUCGAGGGAAUGAAUCAUCUUUCUGAGCUGCUAGCAAAUGGGGAUGAAAAUGUGGAUCUUUCAAGUACACAGGUUCCGAAAACCUUAGAUGGGAUUCAUUCUCUUCCCGACUAUAACUCAUCCCCUGUUGGCGGCCCUGGCCAGUACUUGGAGCCUAGUUUUAUGACUGCACAGACGAUAUUUGCAGGUUCGGAAAAAUCUCAGAAGGCAAGUGAAAACAAUCAAGUCAACCUUGUCAGCAAUCCAAGUCCAAUGGAAGAGAACACUAAUAGCCGGCUUUGCCAUUGUAACAACAAAACUUGUAAUGAAGUCAAAGGUGAUAAUGCAAUUCCAGAACACCUUGACACUAGUGAGAAUAAUGAGAAAGAGGAUCCGGUUUUUUGUUCUAUGAAAGAUGAAAUGAGUUCCGAAGAUUCUGCGAGUGUUGAAGCAACUGAAAUGAUGGUUCACGAAGAAAGCAAGAUCUUGGAUGCUUCUUCUCCAUUAGCGUCUCCAUCGAACACAUC